AUGUCCCCUCUCGAGAAACCCCAUAGUACCACUCUCGAGUCUGCCGAGAAAGAUCUCGAGAUCACCCAUGCUGAACACCCACUCCACCAUGACGGCCCCGAACAUCUCCAGUCCCCCGAAGAUAUCCGGACUGAUCUCUCGAAGGGCGGGGUAGUGCAGAUGAGGAGCAAGUACGCCGACUUGGGGUUUGUAGAUUCCAUCAAGAGGUUUAAGCUGCUGGGCGGGGUGGCUAUGGCAGCUGCUUUUAGUGCAAGCUUGGAUGGGUAUCAGAUCAAUUUGAAUGGAGGGAUAGUGUCCAAUGCGGGGUUUAUCAGGCAGAUGGCGUCGCCGGGGACGACAGUCAUCAAGGGUUCAUAUGUCUCGGCUUGGGGCGGUGUCCAAUCUGCCGGCCAGACGCUUGGUCAAAUCUUCCUGCAAUACGCCACCGAAGCGCUCGGCCGUAAGAUGGCGCUCUACAUCCUCUGGGUCUUUCUUGUCGCUUCGAUCUUUGCAGAGACGUUUGCGUCGCAUUGGUGGCAUUGGUUACUCGCCAAGCUGUUCUCGGGUAUUGGAGUGGGGAUGCUGCAAGCUACGCUGCCUGUGUAUCUGAGCGAGAUCUCGCCGACGCAGGUUCGAGGAUUCUUCAUCAACGCUUACUCUUUCUGGUUCUGUCUUGGUCAACUAUUCGCCUCGGUAGCGCUCAACGAACUCAAAGCUAUGGACCCUUACAACUACAAAAUCGCCAUCUACUCUCAAUGGCCAAUGGUUGCGAUUAUGGGCGUCAUCUUUGUUCUUCUACCCGAAUCGCCAUGGUGGCUCGCCUCCAAGGGAAGACUCGAUCAAGCCGCCAAGAUGCUUGAACGAUAUCAAGGACAUUUGGAGGGGUUCAACGUCGCUGAUGAAGUUGCGAUCAUGACGGCGACGCUGGAAGAGUCCAAAUUGAUUGCGCAGAGGACGGGGCAGCAGGGGACGUGGGCGGUGUUCAAGGGGAGUAAUCUGUUUAGGCUUUUCAUCGCUUCUUGGCCAAAGAUGAUUCAGCAAUUCGUCGGGUUGACAGUAUUCAACACCUACGCCACCUAUUUCUUCCAACUCGCCGGCAACUCCAACCCUUUCCUCGUCACCGUCAUCCUCUCUUGCGUGCAGCUCUUGUCCAUGUUGAUUACUUGUUCUCUUUCAGACAAUCUGGGGCGCCGGCCGUUGACUGUUUAUCCAUAUGCGGUGACGGUGGGGAGUAUGUUGGCGUUGGGGAUUAUUGGGUGUUUCGAUUAUGCAAGCAAGUCGCUGGGGUCUCUUCUUAUCUUCUUUGCCUGCCUCGCAACGUUCUCCACUACCGGCGCCUCCGCCAUCGGCUACGCCUACGCCGCCGAAGUACCCACCCAGCGACUCAGGGCGCAGACGGCAGGGUGGGGAUUGGCGUUGAGUAAUCUGAUUGCCAUCAUGUUUAGCUUUUGUACGCCGUUGAUGUUGAAUGGGGAUGUGCAUUGGAAUGUGAAGACUGGGUUCUUCUUUGCGGGGACGGGGAGUGUGGCUACUGUUGUGGGGUGGUUUAUCUUGCCUGAAGUUGCGCGACGGACGCCCGCUGAACUGGAUGAGAUGUUUGAGAAGAAGGUGAACCCGAGAAAGUUCAAGGGAUAUGUGACGGAGGUGGAGUUGCAGUCGAGAGAGGUGGAAGGCGAAGGGGUGCGUAAUGAGCUCUGA